UCUAAAGUGGAAGUUGGUCAGUAAGAGGAUCAAACAUGGCAGAGAGUUGCUUCUCUGUUAUUGGUACAGAGAGCUGUUAUGUGCUGUAUGCUGUUGCAGGUUAUAGUAUACUUAGUAGUGGUCUAGUUUUGAUUCUGAGCUUGAUUCUGAUGAGAAACUGUUAUGUUUACAUUAAGCUUAAAAGACAACUGAGGCAGCAUCAAAGAAAUGAUGGAGAAGAUAUUCCACUACAGAGUGAAGAAACACAAGAAAAUACUGGGUACAAGAUUCACAAUACGGAGGAAACCAAGAAACAAAAUGAUCAGAUAAUACCAUUGGAUCCUAUGUAUGAUGUGGUUACUGGCAAUGAGAAACAAAGUAAUGACGCAAUUAAACCAGCCAACGGUCCCCCUCCUGCUCCCCCACCUCCUCCUAUUCCCACUCCACAACCAGCUGCAGUAUAUGCCGUUGUUAAUAAGAAAAACAAAAACAAGGGCAGCCCAGGACGUUCACUUUCCCCUGCACCAGCUGCUGGUGACCAUACAACAUACAAUACACUCACAAGAGAUGGUUUAACACCAUUGUGUGCUGAGUCUGAUGCUAAUGCUCUUUAUGAUCGACUUGGAAAUGAGUCAGAUGCUCAGAUGUUUCCUGAAGCCCAAUACGACACUGUACAAAGUUAACGUUGUAGUUUGUGAUGUCUUUCAUUAAUAGCUUUUUACUUUGCUGUUUUUGUAGCAUGUAGCAUUAUUUAUCUUAGAUGUAAUGCAUUCCUACCACACCUUGUUCUUUAUAACAAACAAGUUUUGUUUCACUUGUUGUGUCUGAUAAAACUCUAUAUAUUAAUGCCUUGCGUCCAGCGCAUUAUAUCACUGUAACCAACAAUGAAUAAGCAAGUCCCUUUACUGUCCUUGGUAACCUUCAUUGGAUUAAUAGCAAGGUCUUAUUCUUUAAUAUAUCCAAAUGAUCCUUCCUCAUUUAAUUUAUCUUGUAAUCCCUAUGGGCAAGAUAUCAUGCUGCAAUGUACAGUUGAGGAGCCAGUCACAUUGACAUCUCCUUUAUCUCUCCUUUUACUUUGGUACUGGUCAAAUACUGAGAGCAACUUUAGAACCAAUGGCUGCCAGCUCUAUCCCAGCUAUCAAUGCUCCCAAUAUGUUGGAGACAGAAAAUAUUCCUUUGAAUUCCAAAGAAACAGGAGAAACGGGACAAUGGAGAGCAAUAAUCUAGUAACACAUCGUACACUAAUACUACAUAUAAGGAACGUCUCAGUAAAUGACAUGGGAUGCUACUAUUGCAGACCAUGGAUUAACAUGCGGCCAUUGAAUGACAGCAGUGGCGCAUUUUGCAUUAAGCCACAAUCGUAUUAUAAGGAGUUAAAAACCUGUGGAGGCAAAGAGGAGGAAACUCUUGCAUCCAGUAAUGAAGUAAUGCCAUCCUCAGCAAGCUUAGAAUUCUACACUUCAUCUAACCUUCCUAUCAAUACACCAAUUAUUAAUAAUGGACCAACGACUCCUUCAUCAUCGAAUCCAGACCAAUCAACAGCUCACUGGUUAUAUGGUUUCAUUGCAUUGUCUAUAAUACUGAGUUUUACUAUACUCCUCUUGAUUGCCGUGACUUUAAUCCUUUUAAGGAGACAAAUGAUGAAGGACAAACAAAAACAUAGCCAUACACAAGGUUGCAAAGUUACUAUAAGUCCUCCAAUAUACCAAAACAGUUUUGCUCCAAAUGCUUCACAGGGUUUCAUGAACCAGCCACACUUUAUUGGUACUUACUCGUAUGUUCAACCGCACAAAGAAAACUCUCCGGAUAAGCCAAUGCAUUCAGAUUUAUCAUCAAAACAAUAUCAUGAUCAACCAGACGGUAAAGAUUAUGAAAUUGCCCAACCAACCAAAGACAUAACACGAGAUAAUGCUCCAGUUGUUGAUCCUGGGAGCCAUAUUUAUCACACUCUAGACAAAUACAUUGAAGAAUUAGAAUGCUUCAUAGACUCAGACGCAAGCAACACAACAGCGACAACACAAGACUUGUAUGACAGACUGUUUGAUGAUCCUAACUAUUCUCCAAUAUGCACAUCAAACCCAUCCUCAUUGCUAGUUCCUCCACUUCCUCCUCCAGAUAAAUCAACUGAAGUUAUAUAUGAUAGACUUCCUAAAAGGGUAUCCGAAUCGUCUGAUUAUGCUUAUGCCUAUUCUCACAUGACCAAAAAUAAGAAAAAGAAAGAUGACACCAAAGAAUCAGACUCAAAGAAAGGAGAGGAGUUAUUGAAAAUUGCUGCUUUAGGAACAUACGAAAUAGACCCAGAGUUUAUCUCAACACUACGUGCAGUUCCAGAAGAAGAUGGUGCACAUGUAAAAGCAAAAGCACGCGUGGUUGAACCAAACAAAACUAAACAUAGCUAUCAGCCGAUUGAUCAGAAUACUCUGACUCCGGACAACAGCUACACAAAUUUGAAAAAAUAAAAUCAUUGACUAAAAUAUUGUACUCAUAUGAUCAUCAUUAUUAUUAUUGUCAUAUGAAAAAUUUUAUUGCCAUUACCAAUUAUAUCCUAUAAAUUUAGUGUAG